AUGGCAACUGUUGCUUUUGAGGGAACUUCGCUCAUGAACAUGUUUGUACAAAACUGUUGGGUUGUUGGCACACAGCGAAUAAUCAGUCACCGCGGAGAGGAAGAAUUCAUUGAAGUCCGGACCGAAUUGUCGGACAGGAGCGUUCUCUAUUUGCACAGAACGGACCGCGAUCUUGGAAGCCUUCUAAAGAGACUCAUGGAUGCUUUCCCAGAGGAUAGAGCAACUCCUACACAGUCAGCGCUCCUAGAUGGACUUGUGCGAAUAAGAAACGCUGCAGAGGCCAAUGAUAUUGAGAUUCGAUUGCAGGAGGUGGAAAAACUACUCAGGAGGGUCGUAAUCUUGCCAAUUAAGUAUUCACGGUCAGAAGCAGUGCUCACGUUCUUUGAACAAUCUCCGCUGGACCUGAUGAUAAGAGAAAACAACAUCAACAACAUGGAGCCAUACUACCAGAGUCCAGUAACAAUAUCAGAUAUCAUGAGGUGCAAUGGAUUUUGUCUGGCUAACACAGAGACCAUUUUCUAUGACUACAGUGCACCACAGGAUAGACACAGAGCCCUGUCAGUGUCCACAUGUACAGAGUCUGCGGGUUUUGGGUACGAUACCCAAUCUGGGUUUAAGGAGACUCUGGACAUCGUUGAGACGGCAUCAACGGAUGGUAGUGCCGAAGACCAAGAAACGUCUUUCCCUAAUCUGACGUACUACCAACUGCUGACCUACGAGACUGAUAUUCUGGAAUGA